GAUAGGGAUGCCGUCUCCCCCCAAGCACUCACACGCCACUCCUGUUUCCCUCCAAGAAUUGCAGUGAGGGCUUAGGAAGCAUGGAGACAUAGUCUCCCAUGGAGUAUAUUUUGGGAAAUGCUGAACCCUAUCAAAAAUAGAGCUUGGAGAAAAUGAGGAGUAAAGAAGGCUAGAGUAAUAACAGCAGAUUGGGAACAAUGACAGGCAUUCAACUCAGAUUUACUGUAAAACUUGAACAGAUUGGGAAUUACGGAGUUCCUUAAACUGUCUCUGAAAAUAAAUAUUUCUGAUGUAUCUGGCAAGUUGAAGGGGAAAAAGCAACAAUCCCCAAACUCAUUAAACUAAUUACAAUAUGGACUGAAUUUAUACUGAUGCCAUGACAUAAAAUGAAAAGAUCUCUUGAAAGAUAAAUUCCUGAUAUCUGCCUGCCAUUCUCAUAGAAGCAGAAUUCAGGGGGAAAGUCUGCGUUUUGGAGAGUGAUCUUAUUCAUCGUGGGUUUUCUGUUUUAUAUGUUUGAGGAGAGUUGCUGAAGCCAAGCCGAUUUACCGUGCCAAUCAGAGAUGAGCCUCAGAAGGGCAACCAUUUCCUAUUGUCUGGAGGCUCAUGAGAAGUGCAAAGGACAGCCAUUACUACGAGCUCAGGAAAAUCAAGGUGGACACCAGGCCUCGGCUUCUACCAUUCUCCUACCAGAAAAAAAAAUUCAGAAAAAGGGGCCUAAAAAAAGAAAAGAAAAAAAGACCUCAGAGUGGCAUAAAUUUCUAUCAGACAAGAAAAUGAAUUAAUUUAGAAGCAUUGUAAAACUAUGAAAUUUGUACCAGUUUUCAGGUGUCCCGAUAUUUAGGCUGCUUUAUAGGGAUAGCUAAAUUCACUGGCAACGUUAAGAAAUGGUAAAAAACGUUAAGAAAUGAUAAAAAAACUCAUGCUAAAAUAUCCUGUCGCAAAUAUGCUUUACUUUGGAAGGCAUCCACAACAGCAAUGUACCAUUUUCCAGAAAAGCAUUUCUACACCAAGAAGAGUCUUCCUCUAAGGGCAGACCCUUGCACAACCAUCACACUGCACGGAGCUCUUGAGAAUAUUCUGGAAGCAUCACUGUGAACCGUUGCUUCUCAGCAAAGAGAGAGAAAUGAAAUUCAGCAGAAGCAGCAACUUUUGGGAGGAGAAACACGGUUUCCCUCUUAGAAUGCUUUUCUCCUGGAAUGGGUUUACUGAGAGCUCGGCUUCUCUGGUGCUUUAAAUCUGUGGACCGUUGAACUUCACUCCGCCUUUUUUGAAGUUACAAAAAUACUUUGCGGUGUGGCGGGAACAGAAAGUUUGGAAAAUUAACUGCGUAAGACUUCAGAUAACACAGAAGACAUACAUGCAAUAGUAUUCCAUGAAGAACUUAAUCAACUCAAUCCCUUGCAUGUAAUUAACCAAGGCACACAACGACUCCAAAUUCUGCACUCCAAAAAAGGAGGGAAAAUGCAAGGGUCCUGCAGCAGUUCCCGGGACUACGGAGAACUGCUUUGUUACAAGUGUAUCCAAAGUCCCCAGCAGCAGAGACUUGUGGGGCGUCGCUUAUCCUUGCCGCACUCGCUCUGCAGCUCCCAGAGGUGGCGGUUGUGCUAUGAAGGAAGACCCUGCCAAGCUGGCCGACAAGAUGCUGCGCACCCCCAAGUGCUCCAGGUGCCGGAACCAUGGCUUUCUGGUGCCGGUCAAGGGCCAUGCGGGCAAGUGCCGCUGGAAGCAGUGCACCUGCGAGAAGUGCUACCUGAUCACCGAGCGCCAGAAGAUCAUGGCUGCGCAGAAGGUGCUCAAGAAGCAGGCCUCCGAGGAGGAGCAGGACGGGGCCCUCGUCGCGCAGGGCCCGGAGCUGUUGACAGGGGCCGCGGCCGCGGCCGCAGCCCUGGGCGCAAGCCUCCGCCAGCUGCCUCUGCUGACCGCUUCGGGAGACUGGGAGCCAGGCCCCGAGUGCCGCGUGGCCGCUGGCUUUCCAGAGAGGCCCCCACGGGGCCCGAGCCCCGGCCCGAGCGCCUUCCAGCCAGUUCUGGGCGGCCGCGGCCGCGGCCACGUGGGGCCGAGCGGCGAUCGAGCCGCCGUGGCCAUGCCCGGUUCGGUGGGGCCCCAGCUUGGGAUGGAGGUAGCAGGCAGGGGGUGCCCUGACCGCCUGGGGCUGCGCAGUCCGUUGCGGCCCCUGCCCAGCCCGCCGUUCGACUUCGGGCUCCCUCUGAACAUCAGCUCAGAUCAUGUGGUGGGGCCUGAGCACCUGGAGAGACAGCCUUCCAAGCUGUACCCUAGCUGCUCCAACAUGCAUUCCUACUGUGCAUUCCCGCUGGGCUACCAGGAUGGAUCCCCGCCUCCGGGGAUCCCCCUGCAGCGGGGCUUCCGGCAUGUGUCCUGCAGCCCCUACCAUGGAGGAAGCUUGGUGUCGGAGUCGGUGGGAGACUUCCAGCCAAGCUACUACCCGCCGCCUCCGGCUCCGCAGCAGCCUCAGUUCCUCCCGCCCGGCUUCCUGUCUGCGCUCCACUUCCUCCCACCGCUGCCGCCGCCACCGCCGCCGCCACCGGCAUCUUUCUCUCUUGCUGUCCUGUCUGACACAGACAAGGAGACCACUGACGACCAGGAUGUGAAGGUGCCAGCACCGGCACCGCAGGAGCCGCCCGAGGUGCCGCCCGAGGUGCCGCCUGAGAAGAAGGAGGGGGAGGAACCACCGCCUGAGCCCAGCCAGCCGCCCUCUCAGGAGCAGUCCGACUAGGUCCGGGCUAUCGGGCCAGCAGCGGGGGCGCUUGGGGGUGUUACAGCGAUGAUGUUCUUGUUUGAGUUCAGGGAUGGGUAGGGAGGAAGGAUAGUAGUAGGCUUAAGAGAGCAGUUAAUUUCCAUUUCAAGACAGGAAGAAGGAGGGUGAUUUCUAGGGUCCUCUCAGUCCCGGGAUGGGGGACUGAACAGGAUGGAGGAUGGUUAGCAGGGGAAGGCCAGGGCUCUGAGGAUCGGGGGGCUGGUGGAAGCUCACAUUUAGGAAUGAAUUUAACCGUGUCCAGGUUGUGCCGCUGUCAGAUUCACUCCCAGACGCGGUCUUUGAUUUCCUCAGGCCGGGUUCCAGGACAGGAGGCACAUCUAUUUCAGCCUUCUGCUUCUGCCUCUGCUUGGUCCCAGCUGGGGGCACAGACACCAAGCUUCCAGCACAUCCAGGUGGCUGGUGGGAGCAGCGGGGGCCCAGGGCGUUGACGGCAGGUUCUGCAGCGUCCUUCCUUGCUGCUCGGGCUCCCGAGGGCUGCCUGGCCACUGCCCCGCGCCCCUUCUCCAAUGGGCUUUACUAAGCAUUCUGACCGCCGGGGCUCCCAUCCAUAAAGUUUAAGCCAUUAUAGGCAUCAUUUCUGGUUUAAAAAUCUAUUAAAGUUUGAUUAUUUGAUAUUUUUAUAGUGAUUGCCAACUUUAAAAAGUAGGCUGUUUGUAAGCACUGAUACAGUUCUCAGACAAUAGAAUGGUGCUUCUAAAUCAUCUGUGGUAUCCGUUCCUUCUCUGGGGACAGCUGACUGUUGAAAUAAAAUGAGCAUUGGAAA